AUGGAACCUGUGAAUCUUACACAAAUUUCAGAGUUUGUUCUUCUGGGAUUUUCAGAGAAACCAGAACUGCAGCCCCUCAUAUUUGGGCUUUUCCUCUCCAUGUACCUGGUCACUGUGUUGGGAAACCUGCUCAUCAUCCUGGCCGUGAGCUCAGACUCCCACCUUAACACACCCAUGUACUUCUUCCUGUCCAACCUGUCCUUGGUAGACAUCUGUUUCACCUCCACCACCAUCCCAAAGAUGCUGGUGAACAUCCAAACACAAAGAAAAGCCAUCACCUAUGCAGGAUGCAUCACCCAGAUGUAUUUUUACAUACUUUUUGCUGGGUUGGAUAUUUUCCUCUUGACUGUGAUGGCCUAUGACCGGUUUGUGGCCAUCUGCCACCCCCUGCACUACACCGUCAUCAUGAACCCCCGGCUCUGUGGACUGCUGGUUCUGAUAUGCUGGAUCAUGAGUGUCCUGCACUCCUUCCUACAAUGCUUAAUGACAUUACGACUGUCCUUCUGCAUGCACGUGGAAAUCCCUCACUUUUUCUGUGAACUCCAUCAGAUGAUCAAACUUGCCUGUUCUGACACAUUUUUAAAUAACAUGGUGACCUAUUUUUCAGCUCUUCUGCUUGGUGGAGUUCCUUUCACUGGGAUUCUUUACUCAUAUUCUAAAAUAGUAUCUUGCAUACAUAUAAUGUCAUCUGCUCAAGGGAAGUAUAGAGCAUUUUCUACCUGUGCGUCUCACCUCUCAGUUGUCUUCUUAUUUUAUUGUACAAGUCUAGGAGUGUACUUCAGCUCUGCUGCUACCCACAAUACACACUCAAGUGCAACAGCCGCAGUGAUAUACUCUGUGGUCACACCCAUGCUGAACCCCUUCAUCUAUAGUCUCAGGAACAAGGACAUUAAACAGGCUCUGAAAGCAUUCUUUGUGAAGGAAACUACCAACAGGUCAUUGUCCUAA